AUGUGGAUAGCUGAUUUAGAUACAACUACCACGCUUCCCACAGGGAAGACAUCUUUGGCACAUCAAUUUGUGGAGGGCGAGUUCUUGGAAGGCUAUGAUCCUACAGUGGAGAAUACUUACAGCAAGAUAGUGACUCUUGGAAAAGAUGAAUUUCACCUACACCUGGUGGACACAGCAGGGCAGGAUGAGUACAGCAUUCUUCCCUAUUCAUUCAUCAUUGGGGUCCAUGGUUAUGUGCUUGUUUAUUCUGUCACCUCUCUGCAUAGCUUCCAAGUCAUUGAGAGUCUGUACCAAAAACUACAUGAAGGCCAUGGGAAAACCCGGCUGCCGGUGGUGCUAGUGGGAAACAAGGCAGAUCUCUCUCCAGAGAGGGAGGUCCAGGCAAUUGAAGGGAAGAAGCUGGCAGAAUCCUGGGGUGCGACAUUUAUGGAGUCAUCUGCUCGAGAAAGUCAGUUGACUCAAGGCAUCUUCACCAAAGUCAUCCAGGAGAUUGCCCGUGUGGAGAAUUCCUAUGGGCAAGAGCGCCGCUGCAGUCUCAUGUGAGCCCUCAGGCAUGGGGUAGC